AUGUAUCAGUGUGAAAAACUUGCUACCUCUUUAUGGCUGAAAGAAGAGAUUCAGUCAGGAACUUCGAACUACUGGCCAAAAUCAAUGACUUCAUUCAAACUUGAGGAAGAAGGGGGUGGUGGUGACUUCCCUCAGAAUCAGGUGACUGAGACAGGGUUGGGAAGGGCUCAGAGCGAGUGUGGUGCACAGCGAGCCCACCUCAACAACACGCACCUGCAUCGCUGUAUCCUGGGAAGGCAGUGGGCCGUGUCUAGCUCCCGCCUGACUGGAAACAGUCGCUUCGAAUGCAGCAAGCUUAGAAACAGGAGCAGCGAUUUGAAGGUUCCUACGUCCCCAGAAAAUGGGACUGUCAGCUCAGAGGUGUCACCCAUUCAUAAUUCAUGUUUACAGAUGGCCGAGAGUGCCUGCCCGAAAGAGAGGGGAUCACCUCUCAACACAACGAAAGGGAACUCGGGAGCCCUCGGUGCAGGGGUGGGGAGGGGGCGUCCCGCAGGCGCCAUCCUUCCGUUCCCAGAGCCGGCCAAACGGUCAUUCCUGAGUGACGUGCCACGCGGCUCCCUCGUGCCCACUGCCCGCUCGCCCCUGUCUCCUUUCAGACUAUCCCUGGACAGCACCGAGGCAGAGCUGCGCUCCCUGUUCGUCAGGACGCGGUCGCUCCAGGAAAACAUGCGGCGGGACGCGGAGCUGGACCAGCAGAUGGAAGACUUCCUUCAGUUUGCCGUGGAAAAGCUGACAGAACUGGAGCACUGGAAACAAGAGCUGCAGGACAAGGCCCACACCCUCAUAGACUUCUUCUGCGAAGACAAAGAAACCAUGAAACUGGACGAAUGCUUGCAGAUAUUCAGAGACUUCUGUGUCAAGUUCAACAAAGCAGUUCAGGACAAUCACGACCUGGAGGUCCAGGAGCUGCGGAAGCAGCAGUGGCUGAAAGAUCUGGAACAGAAGCGACAGUCGUGGACGGCAGGAGACCUUGGGGGCUUUGGCCAGAGCAGCAGUGAGAAUGACAUGGAGCUACUGACUCAGAAGGGCUCGGAGGACCUGCCCCCCUUCCUGCACCCCAGACCCAGCAGCCCCUCCUACCGGCCCCCCAGCAGCCGCCGUUCCCGCCACUCCCUGGGCCUGUCUGCCGAUCUGGAGCUGCUGACCUUCCUGGAGAGCUCUUCGGGCAGCUCGGAGGAAUCCAACAAGUUCAACAGCUUGCCCCGGAGCAGCCUCCGGCAGGCCCGGCCCACACCGGCCUGGAUGGAGCCAGGAGUGCCCAGGCGCCACGACUCCAACGUUGCACCCAGAGCCGAGGCCUCAGAGAGCCAAGAGAGAGCUCCCAACUCCUGCUCCGAAGGCCCUAGCCAGCCUCCAGCUCCCCCGGGGCACCAGGAGCCUGCCUCGGCCUUCCCGCGGGCUCGGCGCAGCGGGGCCAGCGUCCUCAGGAAGAGGAACAGUGAACCUGUGUGCCUGGGCCCGGCCUGGUCCCCUCCACUCUCGCCCCUGGCGCUGGGCAUCGAGGAACACGAGCUGGUGACCGGGCUGGCCCAGUUCAGCCUCCAGGGCCGCAAGGGCCUCGAGGAGCCGUCCAGGCUGACCCCGAGUGACUCCAGCCCUGAGGGACAGGAGUCCGCGGGGGACAGGAGCCCUCCGCAGCCCCUCAGCUCUGAGGGCAGAGGGUCCCCCAGGGCGCCCAGCCCGGCCGUGGAAGAUGGGGGCGCUGCGCCAGAGGAGCCCAGCCGUGCAGCCCCGGUGUCUGCGGGGAGCAGUGACCCCGAGAAUAAAGACCACACGCCUAUGUUCUACGUCUCGGACGCCACCGACUGCUCCCUGACCCUCGACUGCUCCGAGGGAACUGACUCCCGGCCGAGCGUGGCGCAGCCGGAGGCGGCAGGGGACGAGGGCGCCUCCGAGUCCUCGGGGGCUGGGACGACGCCUGGCAGCCAGGUCUCCUCCUCGAACCCCGCAUCCAGCCCCGCGGGGGAGGUCCCGGCUGUGGCCGUGAAGAGUGAGCCCGACGCCCACGGGGGCCUUCCCAGGGUCACAUCGGCCAAAGGGAAGGACACGGCCACGCCGAAGAGAAACCCGCCGAGAGAGGCGGCUCCCGGCACCUGCAGGUCGGCCAGCGUGCGGCGGGGCCAGGGCGCCACGCCCAAGCCCGUGCGCACCUUGAACGCUUCGGAGAGCGAGAGCAUGCGCAAGGUCGUGCCCAUCUCCAAGGCCAGCCGCGGCCCUGCGGGCUGGAAGCGGCCCGAGCCGCCGCCGUCGCGGGCGUCCCCGCGGGACUCGCCCGGCAGCGUGGACGCGCGGCUGUCUCGCCGUGGCUCGGCGCUCGGCCCCGCGGACACGUCGCCGCGCAGGCCCUCCACGGGCGCUGGGGCGGCGGUGGCCGUGGAGGAGCCGAGGCCGCCGCGGGGCAGCGCCCGGAGCCCCCGGAAGGGUGCGGACUCUGCCGAGGCCCCCGGCGCCAGCAGGGAGACCCCUCCCAAGGGCAGAGCGCUGGGGGAAAGGGCCUCCUUCCGGCUGAGAGACGCCUGUCCUCCCCCAGGUCCGGAAGUCAGCGCCUGA